UAGUGUUUGUUAGAAGUACUAAACACUUUAUACAUACUGCUUUGCCAUUUUUAUCAUGGCGAUUUCUUUUUGACAUUUGACUACCACAAGGCGCACGUGUUUUUCGGGCUAGGAGCUCUGUGCUAAAUUAAAGUAAAAUCAAAAUGAAUCCAGAGAAACUUAAGAAGUUGCAAGCACAGGUGCGCAUUGGCGGCAAGGGAACCCCACGCCGCAAGAAGAAGAUUGUGCACUCGACCCCGGCUACCGAUGACAAGAAGUUGCAAUCAUCGCUGAAAAAACUAUCGGUCAACACCAUUCCCGGCAUCGAGGAAGUGAACAUCAUCAAGAACGACGGCACCGUCAUUCACUUCAACAACCCAAAGGCGCAGGCAUCGCUGCCCACGAACACGUUCGCCAUCACCGGUCAUGGUGAGAACAAGACGAUCUCGGAGAUGCUUCCGGGCAUUCUGACGCAAUUGGGUCCCCAGGAUAUCAAUCAGCUGAAGAAGAUUGCUUCCGAGUUUGCCAAUAAGAACAGCGCUGCUGGUGGCGCUGCCGCUGCUGCCGCCGGCGCUGCUGCUGCGGAUGCUGGUGAUGAUGAUGUCCCCGAUCUGGUUGAGAACUUUGAGGAAGUUGCAAUUGCUGGUGCAGCUGCUGGAGCCAAGAAAGCUGGUGAAGUUGCGGCGUCUGCCUAAACAACAACAACUACACUAGUUCAUCAACAUAUAUACACACACACACACACAUACA